AUGGUGUCAGGCAAUGAUCUGGGAAAUGAUGAUACCAUCGGAGGGAAUGUGAGCAAAUAUAUGGUGCUUCCAACUGGAUACUGUGGACAGCCCAAGAAAGGACAUCUUAUCUUUGAUGCUUGCUUUGAAAGUGGUAACCUUGGACGGGUGGACCAGGUCUCUGAGUUCGAGUAUGAUUUAUUCAUUAGGCCGGAUACCUGUAAUCCACGCUUCCGAGUCUGGUUCAACUUUACUGUUGAGAACGUGAAAGAAUCACAGAGAGUCAUUUUCAACAUUGUUAACUUCAGCAAAACUAAAAGUCUUUAUAGAGAUGGGAUGGCCCCUAUGGUGAAAUCUACCAGCAGACCAAAAUGGCAAAGACUGCCACCUAAAAAUGUUUACUACUACCGCUGCCCGGACCAUAGGAAGAAUUACGUGAUGUCCUUUGCAUUUUGUUUUGACCGAGAAGAAGAUAUUUACCAGUUUGCUUACUGCUACCCAUAUACGUACACUCGCUUUCAGCAUUACCUUGACAGCCUGCAAAAGAGAAACAUGGAUUACUUCUUCCGGGAGCAGCUGGGUCAGAGUGUGCAACAGCGGCACCUAGACCUCCUGACGAUAACCAGCCCUGACAACCUUUGGGAGGGGGCAGAGCAAAAGGUGGUAUUCAUCACAGGACGAAUCCACCCAGGGGAAACACCCUCUUCAUUUGUGUGUCAAGGGAUCAUUGACUUCCUCAUAAGCCAGCACCCUAUUGCUCGUGCCCUACGGGAACACCUGGUCUUCAAGAUUGCACCCAUGCUCAACCCUGAUGGCGUCUACCUGGGCAAUUACAGGUGCUCUCUGAUGGGGUUCGACCUCAACCGUCACUGGCUGGAUCCCUCUCCAUGGGCCCACCCCACCCUGCAUGGGGUGAAACAGCUCAUCAUUCAGAUGUACAACGACCCAAAAACAAGCCUGGAGUUUUAUAUUGACAUCCAUGCCCACUCCACCAUGAUGAAUGGCUUCAUGUAUGGCAACAUCUUUGAAGAUGAGGUGCGGUUCCAGAGGCAGGCCGUCUUCCCCAAGCUCCUCUGCCAGAAUGCCGAGGACUUCUCCUACUCCAGCACGUCCUUUAACCGAGAUGCCGUGAAAGCAGGAACUGGCCGUCGCUUCCUCGGUGGGCUGCUGGACCACACUUCGUAUUGCUACACCCUCGAGGUUUCCUUCUACAGCUACAUCAUCGGUGGCACCACGGCCGCUGUGCCCUACACGGAGGAAGCCUAUAUGAAGCUGGGGCGGAACGUGGCGAGAACGUUUUUGGAUUAUUACCGGCUGAACCCCAUGGUCGAGAAAGUGACGAUCCCCAUGCCAAGACUGCGGAAAGAACGCCCCCCCUACAAGCACCCACUCCUGCGGGGCCCAGCCAGCAGCCACCCCAACAGCAAAGGGGGCAAGAAGAGCUCAGUGAACCACAAAGACCCUUCAAACUCUUUUUAA